AUGACUGUGCAAAAGAUGAUGCGGCACUUUCUUUAUUUACUGGUUCUUAUGUUGAGCUGCGCCUAUGGAUGUGUCUGCACUGAGGCCAAACCUCCCCUUGAACCUGCUGCGCAUGGUAUUGGUGCUGUACCUGGUGUUGGUAGAGUAAGUGCUCCUGGUUCUCACCCGAAUGGUCCUGGUGCACAGCAAGCUGUGUCGAGUGGUAGUGCUCUUGCUAAGAAUUACAAAGGCCAUCCUGGAGUUGAUGGUGUGCCUGGAAAGGCUAAUGAUACUCUUGCGAAACGUUUGGGUAUCUCACCUGGAACACCUGUUUCUGUUCCACCUGCUGAGUCUACGCAGGAUGCUGUCCUUCCCGGUGUUGGUGUACCUGGCCAUGUUCCUUCUGCUGGUUCUGGUAAUGUUAUUCAUGUAACAAAAUCUCAUACUUCUCCAGAGUCCAGCUAUACUUGCGUUCCUGCCACCAAUGGUAGUAAUCCGGUUGUUAACGGUCGUGACGUUAUUGGCGGUAUUCCUGGUGUUAACCAGGUUCCUUGUGUUGCUGGUGCUCCAGGCACUCGUAUUCCACUUACUGGUGAAAGCAAAAGUAUCACUUUGCCCGAAGAUCUUCCUGGUAAUCCUCAAAACAAAGGUGAUCUCAAGACCCAUCAUCUUCCCGGUGUUGUUGCGGAUCCCAAACAUGCAGUGACUCUUAAUUUAAGUCUUCAAUCUCAACCAGUUGCUGGUGUUGGUGUUAAAACUAAAGAUGCUCCAACUGCGACUCAUGGGACUCAUCGUGGUUCUCAUAUUGUUGCUGAUCCCAACCAUGCUGAAUCUCUUAAUUUAACGCUUCAUUCUCAACCUGAUGCUGGUGUUGCUGGCCUACCAAAUGUAAAUGGGCAGCAAAGCGUCGGUGUUGGGCUCCAACCAGGUGUUGCUCUUCCUCAUUCUACUGCUCAUGGAAAUGGUACUGUUACUCCUGUUGGUGCUGUUUACGAAAAUGAACAAAUGCAGGAUUCUGCCAGCACACAACAAGCAGGAGACAAUACUAAACAGGCAGAGAAUACUGAAGCACCUUCAACUACUGCUGCAGUGAGUGUUUCAGAAGCAACUGGUGCGCAAACCUCCUCACCAACUUCAACUGCACCUACAAAGGGUGAUUCAACAAGGAACACACCCAAUAAACCGAAUACGGUGAACUCAACUACCACCACCACGACAACAACACUUCCUCGUGAACCUUCAAACAGCAAGAAACCAACCAAGAAGGGUGAUGCAGACAGCAGCAAUAUCAGUUCUGUGUGGGUGCGUAUGCCUCUACUGAUUGUGGCUGUGUUGUUCUCCAUUACAGUGUACUGA